UCUAGAGAAUGAGUUGUCAAUUUCACAACGUGACAUGACGAUUGCUCAGUACUUCCACAAGGUCAAAUCGAUCUGUCGGGAGAUUACUGAACUAGACCCAAAGUUUGUCAUUGUAGAAUCUCGAAUGAAGAGGAUUAUAAUCCACGGAUUGCGACCGAAAUAUCGAAGCUUCAUUACUGCUGUACAAGGAUGACCCACUCAACCAUCACUUGUAGAGUUCGAAAAUUUGUUAGCUAGCCAAGAAGCCAUGGCUAAACGGGUGAAGAAGAAAAACUCUACACAAGUGAAAGUUGGAGCAAUAAUAGGCCAUCUACCAAACGUGGAUACAAUUGUGACAAAAGAAGAAGCCACCAAGGAACUACACAACCUGAGAGAGCUUAGAAGAAUGACAACAAGAGUUUCCAAGAAAAGAGAUUUGGAGGUAUUUGCUAUAAUUACGGGAAAAAGGGCCACAUGUCUAGAGAUUGUUGGUUCAGGAAAAAGUCGGUUGAAAGCAAUGUGGCAAUAUCCAAAAAGAAGAUAGAGGAUGAAUGGGAUGCAGAGGUACUAUGUCCAAUAGUAGAAGACAAGCUAGCACUCAUGGCAAUGAUGGAAGAGCAUAUCAAUUACGAGGAUGACUGGAUCAUUGAUUUCAGAUGCUUAAACCACAUGAUUGACGAUCAAAGCGGUGCAAUGGAAGAGGGGUGGCCCUCAGAGAAGGAAGUAUUACUAGGCCUUGAGCAAACCGAAGAAAUUCUUUUACAGAACACAGAGGAGCAAACAGAAGAAAUUCUUUUACAGAACACAGAGGAGCAAACCGAAGAAAUUCUUAUACAGAAUACAGAGGAGCAAACCGAAGAAAUUCUUAUACAGAACACAGAGGAGCAAACCGAAGAAAUUCUUUUACAGAACACAGAGGAGCAAACCGAAGAAAUUCUUUUACAGAACACAGAGGAGCAAACCGAAGAAAUUCUUUUACAGAACACAGAGGAGCAAAUUGAAGAGAUUCUUCCACAAAAGACGGGGGAGCAAAUUGUACAUAUUUGCUUAAGUGCUGAUGUGCCUGAACAUUCAAGUGACACUAGUCUUGGUGAGCAAGAAGUGACUCAACCAAGUGAGCCUAGCGAAAAUGAAAUGACACCUCAACAACUCAAACAUUCAGAAAUAAUCCUAAAGGCAAAUCCAGAGUGUGCCAACGCAGUAGAAGAUGAAGUUAAUGAGCCGGAGACAUGAAGAAACAUCACAAAACUCAGCUUGGCAGAAAGCGAUAGAGGAAGAAACUAUAGCCCUGGAACAAAAUCAGACUUGGGAAUUAGUACCAAGACCAAGAGAUACCAAACUCAUCUCUUGCAAGUGGGCUUACGGAAUAAUGUGUACCCCGGAUGGAUCAAUUGUGAGAUACAAAGCUCAGACUAUAGAUUCAGGGUUCCCUCAAGAAUAUGGACUAGACUAUGAUGAAACGUUUAGUCCAGUGGCAAAGAUCAUUAUCAUACAAGUUCCUCCAGUACUUACGGUAAAUAAAGAUUGGAAAUUAUGGCAUAUGGUUAUGAAUAAUGCUUUCUUGCAUGGAGAGUUAAACAGAGAGUUCUACAUGGACCAAUUGAAUAAAUUUGAAAAUGAAGUUGGAGUCAUUGAUCAAUAUAUGCAAAAUCCGUAGAAGCCUCAUUUGGAUGCGACUCGACGGACCUUGAGAUAUGUCAAAGGUAUAAUCAAUUACGAUCGUUUAUACAAAAGAAGCGAAGACUGGAAGCUAGCUGGAUAUAGUGAUGUCGACUAUGCAGGAGACCACGAUACCCGAAGAUCAAUCACUGGGUAUGUGUUCAAGCUCGGUUUGAGAACAAUUUUUUGGUGUAAGAAAAGACAACCAACAGUAUCAUUGUCAACUAGAGAAGCAGAGUACAGAGCAAUAGCUGGAGCAGCUUAGGAAAAUACAUGUUUAAAACUUUUGAUGGAAGAUUGGCACCAGAAAAUUGAGUAUCCAAUACCACUUCAUUGCAACAAUCAAUCUGCGAUUCGCCUAGCAGAAAAUUCGGUGUUUCAUGCUAGAACAAAGCAUGUGGAGGUGCACUACCAUUUCAUUAGAGAGAAGGUUCUAAAGGAAGAAAUCGAGAUGCAACAGAUCAAGAUAGAUAACCAAGUGGCAAACUUGUUUACAAAAGGGUUGAAUACUGGCAAACAUGAGAGUUUUCGCUGUCAGCUCAACAUGGUGCAGCGAAU